UUUGCAUCCCCCUUCAGGCAGAAGCAGCUGGAAUCUUGACAGUGCUGUUAUCCAUAAAAGCUCCAGCAGCAGCAGACAAUUGCACCAACCACUGACCUCCAGGCAGGAAUUCAACAGACUCGACCAGCAGUACUCGCCUUCGGACCCUCUCUCUCUCACUCACUGCAGGAUGGCAGGUCCUCUCUUGGCAGGCAGGCAUGAGACUCUCCCCAGACCGAUGCAGGAUGCCCAACAGAGGGUCAAUGAACGAGGCCAGUGGGAGAACAAAUUUGAGUUCAUUCUAACUGUGGCUGGCGCUAUUGUUGGACUUGGAAAUAUAUGGAGAUUUCCCUAUCUUUGUUACAAGAACGGUGGGGGUGCGUUCUUCAUCCCGUACAUCCUGUACUUGGUGACCUGUGGCAUCCCUCUGUUCAUCCUGGAGACGGCUCUGGGACAGUACACCAGCCAGGGGGGCAUCACCUGCUGGAGGAAAAUCUGCCCGCUGUUUGAGGGAAUGGGCUAUGCCGCCCAGGUGAUCACUAUAUAUGGAUGUAUGACCUACAUAGUGAUUCUGGUGUGGGCUUUCCUCUACCUGUUCUCAUCCUUCACUGCUGACCUACCAUGGGCUAACUGCAACAAUGCUUGGAACACAGAUUUUUGUGUGACAUUUGGCACCAAGAAUGCCAGCACCAAUUGGACUGUUCCACUCCUGAAUGUGUCAUCUUCUGUUGUGGAGUUUUGGCACCGGCGAGUGCUGAGAAUGUCAGAUGGAAUUGAGUCAUUGGGAGGCAUUAGAUGGGAGCUGGCUCUGUGUCUUCUGCUGUCCUGGGCCAUCUGCUACUUCUGUAUCUGGAAAGGAGUUAGGUCUACAGGGAAGGCAGCCUACUUCACGGCCACCUUCCCCUAUGUAAUGCUAGCGGUGCUAUUUGUCCGAGGAGUGACCCUUCCAGGAGCUAAAGAUGGCAUAUUCUACUACUUGUAUCCCAAUGUUACACGCCUAGCUGAUCCACAGGUUUGGAUGGAUGCAGGAACCCAGAUAUUCUAUUCUUACGCCAUAUGCCUGGGCUACCUGACCUCUCUUGGAAGCUACAACAAAUACAACAACAACUGCUACAAAGAUUCCUUCUACCUGUGCUUGUUGAACAGUGGGACCAGCUUCGUGUCUGGUUUCGCCAUUUUCUCCAUACUGGGUUAUAUGGCUGGGGAACAGGGUGUGGACAUCUCUGUGGUUGCUGAGUCAGGUCCUGGCCUGGUCUUCAUAGUGUACCCUCAGGCAGUGUCCUUGCUCCCCUGCCCUCAGUUCUGGGCUGUCUGCUUCUUCACCAUGAUCAUCCUGUUGGGAGUGGAUAGCCAGUUUGUCGCCCUUGAGAGCCUUAUGACCUCGGUAACGGACUUCUACCCCAACCUCAUCAGAAAGGGCUACCGGAGGGAGCUUCUGCUGCUGCUCAUCUGCUGCUGCUGCUACCUGGUUGGACUUAUCAUGAUCACAGAGGGUGGCCUCUACAUCAUCCAGCUGUUUGAUCAUUAUGUGUGCAGUGGUGCCACUCUGCUGCUCCUCUCCAUAUGCCAGUCACUCAGUAUUGGAUGGAUAUAUGGUGCUGAACGCUUCUUUGACAACAUUGAGGAUAUGAUUGGCUACAGGCCCUCCUCCCUGCUGAAGUACUGUUGGCUCUACAUUACUCCAACUAUUGGCACCGUAACCUUUGUAUUCUCGCUGCUGAAGUACAGCCCUCUGAAGUUCAACAACACCUAUGUGUACCCGUGGUGGGCCUAUGGGCUAGGCUGGAUCCUGGCUAUGUCCUCCCUCUCUCUCAUCCCCAUCACCAUGGUCUACAAACUGUACCAGGCCAAAGGGACUUUCUGGCAGCGCCUCCAGACAGUCUGUCAGCCAGCAAAUGACCUUCCUAUGAUGAAGAAGGAGAUGGCAGGUCUCUAUGCUCUGGACUGUGUUACUGAAGAUGAGAAGACCUACAACAAUAAUCUGUAGACUGACUGUUCUGCUAUUACUUUUCGGGCCGGUUUCCCAGACCCAGAUUAAGCCUAGUCCUGGACCAAAUAUUAUUUACCAUUCUUUUUAGUCCAGGAGUAGGCUUAAUUUGUGUCUGGGAAACCAUCCCUUUAUAUUCUAUUAUACUCUAUUUGUGAAACUUUAUUAGUAAGGGUUUUGGUUUUUGUGGGUUUUAUAUAGUUGUAGCUGGUCAGAGUUGUGCUUGAGGUAUUGGUAUUGUGUUUGGAUUGCAGAAUAGUUCAUAUUUUUUUUAUUUUGUAUUAACUGAACAUUUGUAGCAUAAUGUGUAAAAUCAUCGCAAAAUAUUUUUCUUAUAUGAUUCAAAUAAUUAGUUGUAGACCAUUCAUAAAUAAGAUACACCUAGAUCACCUAAAAAAAUUUGACCAGUUUCCCAGACUAAGCCUAGUCCUAUGCUAAAAAUCACUUUCAAUGGCGAAUCUCCAUUGAGCAUGCUUUUUAGUCCAAGUCUAGGCCUAAUCUGUAUGUAUACACUGUAUACAAUAGGUAAUCAAUCCAAUCCAAGACAUUGACAUUUACCUUUUUAUUUUACCGGGGAAAUUAACAUUACAUCCUGUACUUUACUGACUUUAUUGUCCCCAUGGGGAAAUGUUGUUGCAGUGUCAUGUACACGUUUAAUGAACUCUUUGUAAUGAACUAUUCUUAUUUGAAGAACCAAAAUGACCAGCCUCAGGAUCGAAUUAUAAACAAUAGUGUAAUAAACCCCUGUGCAUAAGGUCACGAAAAGAUAAUGCAUUGCAGUCUACUGGUAAACUCCAAAGCCAUUUCUGAUGUCUAUAUGGCCGUGUCUAGACUUGACAGUUCAUGCAGCUUUAGCGUUCUGAUCAUAGAAUUCUGAACGAGUCAUGCGUCUACACCAACAUUUUAAUUGUUUACCGUGUCCACUGUGUGUCCGGAUUCCCUUUUCCCACGCUAUAUUCAAAUGCCAGUAUGCAUUCUACAAAUGGUGGAAUAGGCCAAAUAUGUCAAGAAUAACCACUGAUGGCAGUAGCUAACUACUGUAGCUAACUAGCCAGCUAACAUAUGUAGCUAGCAAGCAACGCUAAAGGAAUUGACAAAAAGGUUAGCAUAAACUAGCCUAACAAAAAAAGGUUAUUCUAAAUAUUAGCUAGCUGGCAAGCAUUUGAGUCCAGCAAACACGUUCCUCAUGCUAGGAAUUUAUUUCCUCCAACGUUAUAAUGAACAGGUGCCUCUUUCCCAAAACGCAAGUUUUAUGGAGACUUGUGGGAGUAGUGCUGAUGACGUCGCCCACUGUAUGUGCUUUCGGUAGCCUUAUUGCGUCUAGACUGAGGAGAAAUCCGCAAACAAUGCAUCCCUGACCACCUCCUAAAGUGGAACACAAUCAGACCACAAAGCGACUUUUGUGCGUCUAGACCCGUCUUUUCCAUGCUAUCUUCGUAUUCUGAUAGAAGUCAAGUGUAGACACGACCUAUCUUGGUAAACUGUUGGUCUUGCGAUAAAAUACUCUGCUGUGGAAGAUUUGUGUGUAUUUUUAGAAAGUCAACAAGUACACCUUGGACAUUGUGUAUAUACAGUGUACAAAACAUUAGGAACACCUUCCUAAUAUUGAGUUGCACCCCUUUUAACAGGUGACAUCAC